AUGUAUGUGCGUAAGCGGAUAGCUCGGGAGAAUUGGUUUACCUAUCAGCGCCCUGUUGAUGAAGACGCAAAGUGGAAAGCUAAGCAGCUUGCAAUGGGUAGUCAGCUACACCUGAAUGAUGAGCAUCGCACACUCCUCCGCGACAAGCUAAACCAAUAUCCGUCUGAGCUUACCCUACCAUCCACUGAAUUCUCGAUUCAUCCAAUAUUUCCGAUUUUAAACCGCCCGACUUUCCAGGCCGCGAAUGAGAAAACUCUGGUUUUGCUCGCCAUCAGCUGCAUUGGGUGUCUAUUACAGCACCACAAGGAAGCUGUGAAAUGUGGACGGACUAUUUCAGAGCAGUUGAAUAAAGCAGUCUUGAAUUCUGUAAACACAGACUCUUCUCUCUGUGCCAUGGACGAGCUAAAUUGGGUCUCAAAUGUCGAGCAAAAAGGGCAUCGAGCACUUGCUACCAUGCAAGCAGCUGUGAUUGGACAGACAUAUGCCUUAUUAUCCGGAGAUCCUAGGAACCUUGCUGUGCUGUCUAGCUUCCACGGAACCGUUCUUGCAUGGUGCAAGCAAGAAAAGUAUAUGAGUCAGGGCACUGAUGUUCCAGACCACGGUUCUUUGGAUCCGGAAACAAGCUAUCCUGUAUGGGUGCCCCCGUUGCCCUUUUGUUGGCUUCCCCCGGCAGAGCUUUGGGAUGCGCCUUCUGCUGAACAGGGGAAAGAUAUCGCAUCUCAAAGUCUCGAUUCAUAUAAAUCAUCACAAGGUCCUGCAAGCCCUACAGCCGAUCUAGCUCUUAUCUGGGGACAGAUUGCUCGGCAGGACGACUUGAAUCUGAGUAUGCAAUUAGAGCAUAUUGCAGUAUUGGCGAUAGAGAACAACAGACUGGGCUCGUUACCACAGACUGAGGGGUUUAUUGAAAAAUCUCUCUUGGCCUUAUUUCAGCAGCAUCUAUCAUCUCACGACCGAGAUGAGUUUAUGCUUCGCUCACUUUGGCACUCUACCUUUAUUGUUUCAUUGACAGAUAUCCACCGACUGGAGCUGGCGGCUGGAAAAUAUAAUGAGCCGUCGCCAGCUGUUUUGAAUGAAAGCUCUGAGGCCUACGUCCGGCGAUGGGCGGCCUCGAUUAAUGCCCAGCGCGCUGUUUUACAUGCGGCCUUGCUGCUUCGUGAAUUGGAAUUUGUCUCCAUCAGGGCUGUCACUCCGAUUCACAUCUCUAGUAGCCUCUAUCACGCAGCGAUGGCUGUGUAUUGCUACUUGCGUUUCUCACCGGCAGAUCGCAGUUUUAUCCAAAUCGGCCAUGGGGAGUUUCCAGAAAUCACAUGCCUCGGGAUCAAUUCCGGUGAGCUAAUGCUGGAGAUCCACGACUUUCAGCGGUCUCGACCAUUGGUUGAAGCUUCGAAAAUUAUGUCGGCACUUAUCGAUAUGCUCAAUAGGAUAGGUUACUGGAGCUUGUCCCGUCCUCUUGGCUGCCUGAUGGUAUUUCUAACCACUGAUUGUCGUGCAAUCCGUGACCAGUCCUGA